AUGACUCCAUUUCUACCACUCUUCCUCAUCCUCCUCUUCCUCACUGGACUCCCAGGUGCUGACAGUGUGUCCACAGUGAGCAGGGUAACUGUACAGAGAGGAGGAUCUGUCACCAUCCCGUGUCACUAUGAUCGCAAAUAUAAAAACAAUGUGAAAUACUGGUGUCAAGGAUAUUUCUGGCCUAGUUGUUUUGUUGUAGUACGCACUGACUCUCCAAAGAAUAAUGGUAAAGUGCCGAUCACUGAUGACCCCGCCCACCAGGUCUUCACUGUGUCCAUGAAGAAUCUGCAGAAGCGGGAUUCUGGAUAUUACUGGUGUGCUGUAGAGAUUGGUGGAACGGAAACUCUAGAUGAUUUUGCAUGUCUUCACCUAACAGUCACAGCUGGUACUCCAGGGCUUUGGGUGGAUCAGCAGGAGGUGACAGGUGUGGAAGGGGGCAGUGUCAGGGUCCAGUGUCGCUAUAGCAACCGUGGUGACACGAAGAAAAAGUGGUGCAGGAGUCGGGGCUCCUGUGUAGCAGGGAAUUCUGGGAAUGUCAAGAUCUCAGAUGACAGAUUGAAUAAAGUCUUCACUGUGACAGUGAGGAGGCUGGAGAGGAAGGACACAGGCUGGUACUGGUGUGCUGCUGGAGACCUACAGAUCCCUGUUCACAUCACGGUCACUCAGCCAACCACUACAGUCACCACAACAGACAACGACCAUGACAGCCAGUACAUCUACAUCAGCAGCCACAACCAUCACUGUCACACAAACGAGUCCUACUGUAGAAAAGAGCCCUCUAAGGACCCUGCAGGUGAGGUCACCUACAGCUCAGUUGUUCUGCUCAAUCCACAGCACAGGGAGCUACCCAAACACCUCUGCGCUCCCACAGAGUAA